GCCCCGCCCCGGGUUGCUGGGCACAGACCUUCUACCCCGGGAGGCUUUUUCUGGGGCUGUGCUGAGGCAGUGGCUGUGGUUGCGGUCCUCCGGCCGGCUGUGGCCCGCUGUGGUCCCAGCUCAGCGCGGCAGCCGCUCAGCCCCUCGGAUCGGCAGGCGAUGGUACAGCGGGGCGCGUGGACGCGGGCAUGACGGAGGAUGGAAGCGCAGGACGAGGUGUCGGCGCGGGAGCAGCAUUUCCACAGCCAAGUGCGGGAGUUCACGAUAUGCUUCCUCCUCUUUGCCGCUCUCUACGCCAUCUCCUACGUCGUCAUCACGAGGUACAGGAGGAAGUCAGAUGAACACGAAGAUGAAGAGGCCAUCGUCAACAGGAUUUCGCUGUUCCUGAGCACGUUCACGCUCGCGGUCUCCGCCGGGGCCGUGCUGCUGCUGCCCUUCUCCAUCAUCAGCAACGAGAUCCUGCUGUCUUUCCCGCACAGCUACUACAUCCAGUGGCUGAACGGCUCCCUGAUCCACGGUCUGUGGAACCUCGCUUCUCUCUUCUCCAACCUCUGUUUGUUUGUCCUGAUGCCCUUCGCCUUCUUCUUCCUGGAGUCGGAAGGUUUCGCUGGCCUGAAAAAGGGCAUCCGAGCCCGCAUCCUGGAGACGCUGGUCAUGCUGGUGCUGCUCGCGCUACUGAUCCUCGGGAUGGUGUGGGUCGCCUCGGCGCUGGUGGACCGCGACGCGGCCAGCAUGGAGUCUCUGUACGAUCUCUGGGAGUUCUACUUGCCCUACUUGUACUCCUGCGUCUCGCUGACGGGAUGCCUGCUGCUUCUCUUGUGCACCCCCGUGGGCCUGUCCCGCAUGUUCACCGUGAUGGGCCAGCUGCUCGUGAAGCCGGCGAUCCUCGAAGACCUGGAUGAACAGACUUACAUCAUCACCCUCGAGGAAGAAGCGCUCCAGAGGCGGCUAAACGGGUUGUCUUCGUCAGCGGAGCACUCUGCAGUGGCGUUGCAGCAAGAGCUGGAAAAUGUGAAGGCUCUGAAGACGAAAUUAGAGCGGCGGAAGAAGGCGUCAGCCUGGGAGAGGAACUUGGUGUACCCUGCUGUCAUGGUCCUGCUCCUCGUCGUGACCUCCAUUUCGGUUCUCCUGGUGGCUUGUAAUAUCCUCCGCCUGUUGGUCGAUGAAACGGCCAUGCCAAAGGGGACAAGGGGGCCUGGGAUAGGAAAUGCCUCUCUCUCUGCUUUUGGUUUUGUGGGAGCCGCACUUGAAAUCAUUUUGAUUUUCUAUCUCAUGGUGUCCUCUGUCGUCGGCUUCUAUAGCCUCCGGGGUUUCGGAGACUUUCUUCCCAGAAAGGAUGACACGACCAUGACGAAGAUCAUCGGCAACUGUGUGUCCCUAUUGGUCCUGAGCUCCGCACUGCCUGUGAUGUCCAGGACACUGGUUCUCAGUGCGAGGCUCGGAAACAGCAAAGGCGCAGCAGAGGUGUCGAUCAUCACGUACACCCCCGACUACGACGUCGAUGAAGAAAUACUGAUGAUGCCAAACCUCGUCCUGAGAACUUCUCAGCAGGAAAUUGGGGCCCGACUUCACCGUGUUCAGUUGUUUUGUAGAAAGCAGUCGGGGGUGGCACUGAUGAACUUCUGAUGGAUCACCGGUGUCCUCAGGGCUGAACACUCCCUGUGUGUGCGUGGUUUGGGUUUUCGACCAGAGAAAGUGUCCCGAGUGUCCUCGAGAUCAGAGCGGAGCCGCUGCCCGCCUGUGCACCCUCACUCCCCACGCCCACCGCCCUGGCCCCGGGCCUCACCCUCUCGCCUGAGGAAAUGUCACAGCCACGCGUCAUCCAGACAGCGCAGCUGUCUGUGGACAUGCAUCCGAGCACCUUCACGUGGAAUUUGUCAUGGACAUUUCCUCAAAAGGCAUGGACAUGCCUCAAGAUGCAGCUUUAAAAUGCUGACAGUUAACACGGGAUUGUAAACUGUGGUCAGGGGCCAAUUUAUACUAAGAACUGAGCGCCCAGCUGGCUGAGAACACCAGCAGGACACGGGCACACUGUCCCCCCGAGACCGGGCGGCACCGCAGUGGCAGCAACAUCGCUGCUGGGCCUGGUGGGAAGGGAAGGUGCUGUUGGCCUGUGCCAGUCCCCGUUGUGUGUGUGUGUGUGUGUGCACGCGUGUGUGUUGGAGACGUGUGUGUGGACCAGAGCGCCGGCUCUGCGCUGCUCUCACUUGAGGAGAAGCUGUGGUCUGGCCCUGGACGGGAGAGUGCACUGCAGACACCGGUCAGGUGGGUUGACAGUGUCACCCACGUCCCCGUGUCCUCACUGAGCUUCCAGCCACUUGUUAUUCCUAUUGACAGAGGGAUUUUGGAAGUUCCCUUAACUGUGGGUUUGCUCAUUUCUUCCUGUAGUUCUGUUGGGUUUUGCUUCAUGUACUUUGAAGCUCUAGCGUUAGAUGCAUAAAUAUUUAGGAUCGUUAUGCGCUCUUGACGAAGCGACCCUUUUCUGAUUACAACGGUGGUGGUGACAUUCUUUACCCCCGGUAAUGCUCCCCGCCCUGAAGCCCCCUCUGUGUGAAACCGACACAGCCAUUUUUGCUCCUCAUCCUGCUCCUGGGGUUCACAGAGUGUGCGUUUGCUGUUCUCGUGAACCCCCCUCCCCCCGUCCUUGUCCAUAUUUAAUUAGCUGGUUUUCGUCAGUCAUGUAUACUUGGGUCUUGCUUUCUUACCAGACUUUCGUCUUUGAGUUUGGAUAUUCAGACUAUUUCCAUUGAAUAGGAUUGUCGAUACCAUUGUUUUUGAGUCUCCUGUAACGCUGUGCAUUUUCUGUUAGACUUGCCUCUUCUUUGUCCCCUGUCCCCUUUAUCUGCGUCCUUCCGGACACGUUGCAUUCCAAGAAAUGACUCCCGGUCGGGGCACAUGCCUGGGUUGCAGGCCAGUUCCCGGCAGGGGCUGACGAGAGGCAACCGUACAUUGAUGUUUCUCUCCCUCUCUCCUUCCCUUCCCCUCUAAAGAUAAAUAAAUAAUAAUUUAAAAAUCUUUAAAAAAAGAAAUGACUUCACUUUACCUCUUUUGUUGGCCUACUUGCUGGAAGUCUUGGUUGUGUUAUUUGAAGAGUCGUUCUCGUGUUUAGCGUGUGCAUUUUAAACUCACUGUCAUCUCCCUCCUGGUGGCAGAAUCGCAGCUAGCAUGAGAACCUCGCAGCAACGCACGGCUGACCCUUGGUGACAGGGUGGCGGGUGCCAGGUGGCCGCACGGUCCAAAGUGCUCAUAGAACUUCCGACCCCUGGACCGGGCUGUGUUGGCGUUUUAACACACGGGCACAUUUUACAAGUCAGUUGUUGCCACGGUGGAAGCAUCUCAGAAGGUCAGCGGAGUGACUGUCCCGGCCCCCAGAAGGUUCUCGGGGGUGGAAGGUGGUUUGUGCCGUCCAGCGCAGCACCUCGCUCAGGCAGUGCUGGUUGGGCGGUUUGAACACUCCGCCGACACCCGUGUCCAUCUAAGGCUUUGCCUGGCGCCUCAGCAUGCAGCUGGGGCGGGCUCCUCGGUUCCUGUCUGCGGGGCGACCUGAGUGUCGUUCUGGGGACAGAAGGGCACCUGCGGCCUCGCCCUUCGCUUGGCGGUUCCGCUCAGGUCGUGGCCCCGGCCCCCCGGGUACCCAGUUGAGCCCAGGGAGAGGCUCUAGGAGAGCCACCCCCGCGGCCCAGGGUUCGGAGCGUGUGCUCCCGCUCUCUGUGGGCGCCCCAUCCCAGUGCCCUGCGCGUGUGGCGGGCGGUUUCGACAGCGAGCGCAGGCUGCGGUCGGGGUGGAGUCCAGUGCGGCGGAGCCUGUGCCCUGGAACUCACAGGAGGGCCGUGGCUGUGCGAAGAGACUGUUGGAGCUGGUGUGUCUCUGCUGUCACAGGGCUCCUCGCACGCUUCGUUUCGUCUGCAGACCACGUGUGUGUCAGUGACCAGUCCCCACAGAGUUUGUGAGCACCACCGGCCGCGUGCUGGGUCGUCCGGGCCUGCGCAGGGUGGCGUGUGGUGCGGCACGUUUCAGACUAGAGCAGACUCUUCUGGAGAGUCCGUCUGGGCAGGGAGUUCUGUUCUGCGGGCUCGCGGGUCUUCGUGAAGGCGUCACGCAGCAAGGUUCCGUGUGUGGGCCUCGGCGUGCUUCUCUCAGGAAAGGGCCCGCAGCUCCUGCCAGGUUCGCCAGGGCAGCUUUGGCCCCAAAGGUCAAAUAAACGGCUUCCUGGGAUCUCGGGCUGACACCGCGUGGUGCGUGUGGUAGGAGGACCACAUGUUCUGUCUAAGAAACCACCUCGCAGUUCGAUGUGCGCUCCUUCCCGCCAGCAGCGUCUCUGACUAGGGAUCCGAGAAGCUGCACGAAGCCGGGACCUGCGGCGUCGCGCCUGUGUGUCCUCCACUGCGGUCUAGUCCCUCGACCUCCUGUGGGGAGACUGUCGUGUGUUUCUGUGACUCCUGUCCCUUGAAGUGCUGCGGCAGCUUAGUGCCCUUCGACGGCAGAGGCCCCGGCCCUGGGUUGACCUGACUUCAGGGAGCUCCUUGGCGAAGCCGCCGGGUUUGUGACACGGUUUAGAUGGGAGGGCUGUCUGCCGUCUCUGGGGACCUGCCCUGCCGCAGGCGAGGGGGAGGCGCUAAGUUCCAACCAAAGUUGGCUCACAGGGCGAAGUUGACUUCAAAGUGAAUCUUCGUCCUCAGGCCGUCCGUAAAGCAGACACCCAUGGUUCGGUUUUACUGUGCUCUGCGGCCACGACUCUCUGCCACCCCGUGUGGCUCUGAACUGUCUCCCUUGAAGCAGGUCGGUGGACUGAAGGCCAGUGGUCGGGAAACUCGCUGUUCCCUGCCUUCCAGCAGCGUGGGUCCCGGGCCCCACUCGGUGGAGAGGGCGGCCAUUUAAAUUCCCUGUUUCAAUAAGAGGACCUGUGUUGUUUUUUUUUUUAAAGAUUUUAUUUAUUUAUCUUUAGAGGGGAAGGGAAGGCGAGAGGGAGAGAAACAUCAAUGUGUGGUUGCCUCUCAUGCAUCCCCUGCUGGGAACUGGCCUGCAGGGAACCAGCAUGCAACCCAGGCAUGUGUCCUGACUGGGAAUCGAACUGCGAUCCUGUGAACUGGGAAUCGGACUGAGGCCCGUGCUCAAUCCACUGAGCUGCACCAGCCAGGGCAGGACCUGUUUUUUUAAGUAGCCGCAGUGCAUCAGGAGGCGGCCACUGCAUUUCCAGCUUCGCCGUGUACUCGACAAGCCUGGAGCAUGCAGUUCAGAUGAGUGAUGUUUUCCUGAGAGGACUCGCUCGUGGUUGGCUCGCUGAUGCAGGAAGUGUGCGGCGUGUGCGAGGCACUGCUGUGGGCACUGCAGUCGCAGGCCUGCGGAGGCCGAGUCUCUGUCUCUCCUCCCAGAGCAACAGACUUUGGAUAGAGGCCCUGGAGGCCCAGCCGUCUCUGGUGGGGGACAGGUGCCCUCUCAGAGGGGAGGACGUCAUGCAGUGGCAGUGUGUGUCCCCCGCCCCCACCCAGAGUGGCAUGCGGUUCCUGCCGUGGAGGGCGGGAAGGGAGGCGGGAGGACCGGUGUCAUGGGCUGCUUCCG